CACCAUCUUUAUGCAGAUGUGGGUGCUGGAGGCGUCGGCGUGGGAGGUGCUACGACGAUCAAGUGUGAGAAGACGUACGAAGUGUGUGAGGGCUGUGGGCAAAAGAUCCACGAUCGUUUCCUGAUGAGAGUGGCUGACGCGAGCUGGCAUGAACAUUGCUUGGCCUGCAGUGAGUGCGGGGUUCUCCUCAGCCACUCCUGCUACUGCCGAAACGCCAAACUAUACUGUAAGGCGGACUAUGAUAGGAAGUUUGGUGUGAAGUGUUCGAGAUGUGGAGACCGGUUGCUGCCACGUGCAGAGGUCAUGCGUGUCCAGUCACAUGUGUUUCACCUUCAGUGCUUUGUUUGUGUGGUAUGCUGUCAACCUUUAGUGAAGGGUGCAGAGUUCGUGCUCCGAGGUGGACAGCUCUUCUGCAAACAGGAGUUUGAAAAGGAACUGUACAUGAUGCAACAGGCUAGUCCAUCAGGUGACGAUUUAAUAGAUGAGAACAGCAGACCAAGGGAUGGCAGACGAGGUCCGAAAAGGCCAAGAACAAUCCUUACUUCAACACAAAGAAGGCAAUUUAAAGCUUCAUUUGAAAUUAGCCCUAAACCAUGCAGAAAGGUGAGAGAAGCACUGGCAAAAGAAACAGGGCUGAGUGUCCGAGUAGUACAAGUGUGGUUUCAGAACCAACGUGCCAAAAUGAAGAAGCUACAGAGGAAAGCAAAACAAGAGGCAGAUCAGAAAUCUUCAAGUGAUAAGGACAAAGACAGCAAAGAUGAAAAAGCCAUCAAACAAGAACCUGCUUCUGGAGACCACAAUCAUUAUCUUGGCCUUAAUGGACUUAAUAUGCGAGACACUGGUGAUGCAACUUACACACCAUCAAGUAGUCAACCAUUAAAUCCCAACAUUCCCUAUUCACCUGAUGAUACGUACCCUACACAUUCUGGUGAGAGCUUCUGCAGUUCAGAUAUUUCAUUAGAUGACAGCACCAACUUUGAACAACUGGAUGAAGGAGGAUCUGACACACUGUCACUUCAGAACCUUGACAUGCAAGCGCCGCAUCAUCCGCCGCAAUCAGAAAGUCUUCUGCCGAGCAUUGUGCAAGUCAACCCCAUUGACAAACUGUAUCUGAUGCAGAAUUCAUAUUUCAGUACUGAGCAGUGAACUAAUUGAAAGAAUAAACCAGAUGAACUGUUUCUUGUAUUGGGUAACAGGGUCCUAAUUACAAAAUUCUUAUACUCAUGUAACUUAAACCACAAUGAAGGAAUGUUUACUUGGAAUUCUUAUAUUAAAAAGAAAUCAUGAUACCAUAAAUGUAUUAUCAUAAACUGUACUAAAUCCACACUCAAAAUUGUAUUCUGACUUUAAUAGGGCUUUAACGCAAGAUUCUAAAACAUUUAAUACUGACAACUCAUUUUCAUUGUGAUAUAGAUAUAAGUAUUAGAAUGAGAGUCAUUUUUAUGUCUACUGUGAAACAAUAUGAAGCAGAAUUAGACUCCUUUUUCAUGAAUUCUAUGGCUUAUUCAAGCUAUAAAUUGAAAAUUAAAUUUUAGUACUGUAUAACCUAAAAAAAAAUUACAAAGGGGACUCAUUUCUUAAACUAACACAAGUGUAUUUAAUAUGCAUGGCAACAAAAUAACAAUUAUUUCAAAGCAAUCAUACUUUGUAAAAUACUUCUGCUUAUUUAAGAAAAAGCCUCUAAUGACAGAAUUAUGGAAUCCACUUAUUUUCUAAUAUGCAAUCCAGCCUUUGUACGUUAUACACAUUUAAGUUUUCAGUGUUGUCAAACUUGUUGUCAUGAUGUCUUGAUAACUUAAAUGAUCCAGUAAACAUUAUCAUUGUCUACAAUUGUGAAUACCAUGGGCUACAUUUGAAUACUUCAGUCUGACAACACAUCAAAUUGGUUGUAACUCCAAAGGUGAAGUUUCCAGUUAGAUACAGCCAGUCCAUGUUUCUAAAUAACAUGAUCUUUUUUUUUAAAAAAAAAAAAUGUGGAAAUGUUUUAAGAAGAAAGAAGAUGCAAAAGUAUAAGAAAGCUGUAGUUUAUAAGUGUUAUGAUUUUUAUUAU